UCUCUCAAAAGGAGGCUCGUGGCCAAGUCAAAACAUUAUUUUUAUUUUUGCAGGUUUUCAUUGUUAUAGAAAUUUAUUUUUCAAAAAAUGUGGUGAGGAUGAAGGCUAGAAAUUACAUCCAGCAGGGAUUGCUGCUAUUAGCUAUUUUUGAGUUAUAUUACAUAGCAGCUGAAGGCUCCCUGAAGACAGGAUGCUGUUCACCAUCUAGGCCAAAGACUCGACGAAUCGAUCAAGAAAAAGACACUGAUCAGUUUGAUCAUCGUUGCAAGAAAAAUGCAAAAUACAAGGAUAGCAGUUGUGAGAUUAAAGAUAAAUUGCAUACUCCUGAUGCUUUUGGGAGUGAUUUUAAGACUUUGAAUAGAUUUGUUCUGGUGAAAGGUGGAGAUUUCGUCAUUGGAACAGAUAAACCAUUUAUUCCACAGGAUGGAGAGGGUCCUGCUAGAGAAAUAUUUUUGGCUGAUUUUUAUAUAAACGAGUAUGAAGUUAGCAACAAAGAGUUUUUAAAGUUUGUAACAGAAGCAAACUAUAGUACAGAGGCAGAGAGGUUUGGCCAAUCUUUUGUCCCAGAAUUUCUUUUAAGUGAUGAAACUAAAACCAACAUCUCACAAGCUGUUUACAGAGCACCCUGGUGGCUGCCUGUAGAAAAAACCUCAUGGAGACAUCCAGAAGGGCCAGCAACUGAUAUAAAUGAAAGACUGGAUCACCCUGUUGUCCAUGUUUCUUGGAAUGAUGCUGUAGAAUUUUGUAAAUGGAAAGGUGCCAGGUUGCCAACUGAAGCUGAAUGGGAAGUUGCUGCCAGAGGAGGAAAGAAGGAAAGACUCUAUCCCUGGGGAAACAAAUUACUGCCUCGUGAUGAGCAUAGACUUAAUAUAUGGCAAGGCAAAUUUCCAGACAAGAAUACUCUUGAAGAUGGAUACCUAGGUACUGCUCCUGUCAGUUCCUAUAAGCCAAAUGGAUAUGGACUGUAUAAUAUGGCAGGCAAUGUUUGGGAAUGGGUUUCUGAUUGGUGGCAAAUAAGACAUGAUGUCUUGCAGACGAAAAACCCUAGUGGGCCAGAAUCUGGAAAAGACAAAGUAAAGAAGGGAGGAUCAUUUAUGUGCCAUGAGGAUUACUGCUAUCGCUACAGAUGCGCAGCAAGAAGCAAUAAUUCACCAGACAGCAGCGCUUCUAAUCUUGGCUUUCGAUGUGCCAAAGAUGCAACACCGUAAAGACAACACAAUUGACAUUACAAUGCAAAAAGGAGAUUCUGGCGAAGAAAUGUCUUAAAAACUUCGAUUUUGAGAAUCUGGAUCACAUUUUUCCUACAAGCCAUUUCUUUGCAAGGCCAACCUUUUUUAUAAUGCAAUAUAGUGGGGAUCUUGGCGACUUUUAAAAGCUAUGGCCCACUGCUGCAAUCUCCUUUAGCAAUCAAAAUUCAAGAGUUCUGUUGAACGCAUUCUGGCAAUAACAGUGGCAAAUAUGAUAACAGCAACCUUUAUUGACUAACCUACUGCCCCUGGUAAUUAGUGUGGUAGACGCAUAGGAACUUAAACACAUAUUUCACCAAGGUUCCCUUUGGGUAAAAUUAAUGGGGUUCCUUUACUUUUUAAAGUGAAUUCAACUCUAUUCGUUAUGCCAAUGCUACAAUAACACCACAAUACAUUAAUUUUAUUUUAAUUUAGCAGCAAGGUCAUGAGCAGGUAACAUCGUUUAUAUUCGCAAAAAUCUAGAAGUUUUCACUGUUCAAGAUGGGUGUAUGGUAUGGGGAUAUAUUCAUUCUUAAAAAAACACACUUAUUAAGAACACUGAAACCUUACGACAUGAACAUGAAAAGUUAGAAGAAGAAAUAACAAUGUGUGUUUGAAAAGUUACUUGAUGUUAGCAAAACAGAACAUAUUUUAUCGGCUAAUCAACUGUGCUACUAGGAUAGUAAUGCAAAAUUGUUGUUUAAUAAUCUUAGGAAGAAUUGAUAGUUGUAGAAAACACAGUUUCGAAAUAAGGGUAACAUUAAGAACACUUGAGCCUUGAAUUAUCCAAAAUUUAGAACGUCGAUCCUCGGCAUAAAGUUACCGUGCCUUCUUGUAAACAGAAAAUUUAAAUCAAUUUUUACCUGGUGGUGCUUUCUUUCUUUUGACCAUUAUUCCUUCCUUCCUAUCUGGAUGUCAUGCCCGUAGCUAAGGCGUGGCAAUGCCACCCCCUGGAGCAAGAGAGUACCGGCUGAUUGCCACCCCAAGAAUUUUGUCUCUACGUUAUUUUAAUGGGGUUUUUCGCUGUUUGUAUUGUAUUGCCAUGAAAAUUUGGGCCAAGCUAAUGCUGGAGGAAGGAAAAUUGUUUGUUGGGAUCUCUUAUUAGUCACGUAAGAUUGUGCCUGGCGCUCAAAAAAACUUUCACUGCCAAGCAAAAAUUUGGCGCUACUUGGUCGCUUCGCCUGGAACACGGUGGUAAGGGCUUCUCUAAAUCUUAAAAAAAAUAUGAAUAACAGUUUUGGGACAUUAUACUGUAGACACGCGCUGGCUUAAUCAGUAGUUGGCAAAAUAGGAGUGUUAUGUUCUGGUCUGUUGGAAAACGCGUAUUUCUUUAUUUAGCCUACGGAUUUAUUGAACAUUCUGGUCUGGUAUUUUUUCACACUUGUUUCAUCUGCAAAAGAAUGGUGCAUUCCCAAGUUGUACUUCGACUCUCCUCUUGUUGCACAAUGAUAAAAAAUCUGGUGUAAAUACACAGUUGACGCACGUUGCACUUAUUAGAAGUGGCAAGGGGGCUACCAAAGGCAGAGCAAAGAGGUGCUGCAUUGUGUUAAUAGAAAGCCCGUAACUCCGUGAUUCCAAUGGGUAAGAAAGUGCUGUUUCUACCACAGAAUGUGCUGUAAAAAUAACAAUCUACAUUCAUUGAUGCUAUCCUGGUGUGUGGACUGGAUUCUGGUUGCACGUCGCAACUGGUCAAUCAAACUGUGAAAAACAUUAAGACACCCCACUGCAGACAUUAACAAAUAGAUCGUAAACGCUGUAGGGCUUUACCAAUGAAUUACCAAAAAAGUGAUUCGCAAAGAGUUGACUUCUCGAGGACUGUGAGAUAAAUGUGAGACAUAAAUGUGAGAUAAAUAGUUUGACGAACGCGAGUUAAAGCGAAAGAAAUCACCUCGUUGUCUUAAGAAAUAACCAUAACAUUAUAGAACAUCGUACAGCAAGCAAGCAAUUAAAAUACGAUCACAAAUCCAUUCGGCUUAACUUCGACAGAUAUAUUUCUCAAAUUAGAGUUAUUCCUUCUACGUAUGUGUGUUAAUAUACGACUGUUUGCAGUAGUUUCAAGAUACAACUGUUCUCAAGAUUCUAGGUAAAAAAUUCUGAUAUGUCCACACCUACUGACAAUGUAGCCUCGCUGUCAGUAUUCGCUCACAAGACAACAUCCAGUGUGGUCAUAUCGGAACAAGUCAGUCUGAGAUGGCCUAAGCAGUUUAGGAAGAAAAUCACUACUAGGUGAUUUGAAAUUUUAAAGAGGAAACACUCUUGAAGAUUCUUUAAAAAGUAGUUUAUUCAAUACAUAGAUAUCCCGCUGAUUCUAUUAUUUAUCCUUUCGAAGUUUCAAGAUUAGAGCCUCAGAGAGUCGAAGAAAGUAAGAUGGGGGCAAAGGAAUUGCGAAAGAGAAAGAAAAGAAAGGAAAUGAAAAGAGACACUCCCUUAUAACCUAGUAUCCAGGGUAUAAAUAGACAUGUUUUUUAUACCCUCCAAAACCAUGAAUAAUUUUCUGAGCCGACAACUGAAGAUUUUCUUUCGCAUAAACUGGACAGAUAGCAUAAAGACAUUUCCUGGCCUUAGUAAACAAUUCCUUACAGAUAAAAAAAAGUGCAGCUUUGAAAUGCCGGGGCCUUGUACCGUAGACUCUCUUUAGAGAAAGGAGAGUGAGUAUGGUAAAAAGCCAUGCUUCUUUAUUUCAUAAUUUCAUAAACCAUGCUUCUUUAAGAGAGAUGUCACAAAACUUUAUAUUGGGUCAUACAUUAGUGCUAUAACCUAUCCAUGGCUAUUUUGAGAUUCAGGUUAGAUCAAGAGCAGACAAAAAAAGACUAAUGUAAGAGGUUCUUAACCUCCUUUUCCGACAUUAAAGAGAGGCAAAACAUUAAGACAUGAGAAAUGGGAUAAUGCAGAAAAGAUUGAUUUCAUGAUUCGUGAUUAACAUCACUAAAGGAGUACACAUUAAAAGGUUUUGUUAAUUAAGUUGAGAAAACUUUGGUUUUUUAUGGAUAAAAGG